CAUCAUCCUCUCCGGCAUGAAAUCCCUCCACUCCCUCACUCUCUCCCACACAAAUCUCACCGGAAAUCUCCCCAAACACUGGCAUUCCUCAAAUCUCACCUUCAUCGAUCUGUCCACCAACAAUCUCAAGGGGAAAAUCCCCAAUUCACUCACCCAAUUAGAGAAUCUCCUGCAUCUGAAUCUCUCCUCAAAUUCCCUCAACGACACGAUCCCUUCCACAAUCGGCGACUUGACCUCUCUCCAGAAUCUCUCCCUUUCAUCCAAUUCCCUCUCCGGCCCGAUUCCGGAAUCCCUAGCUGCAAUGGCGGCGCUGACGCAUCUCGAUCUGAGCUCAAACCAGCUCAAUGGCACAAUCCCCAAUUUCAUCAGAGACAUGAAGAAGCUGAAGCACCUGAAUCUCGCCAGCAAUUCCUUCCAUGGAGUGUUGCCUUUCAAUUCAACGUUUAUACAGCGAUUGGAGGUGUUCAAGGUCGGUGAAAAUUCGAAUCUUUGCUACAACCACACGGUUUUGGGGUCGAAAUUGAAGCUGGGGAUUGCCGCCUGUGAUAAGCACGGGCUGCCGCUGUCGCCGCCGCCGGCGAAGGAUUCGUCGGCGGAUGACUCGAGCGAUGGGGAUUAUAACGAUGAUGAAGAUGAGAAUUCGGGGGAGAAUAAGAAGCAUAGCGGUGGGCCGAGUAAGGUUGUUCUUGGUUUUGCAAUUGGGAUUUCUUCGAUUGUGUUCUUGAUUGUUUUCUUGGUUCUUUUAGCUAAGUGUUGUAAAUGAGAUUGAAUUUUAUUUUUUUUUCUUGGUUGAUUAGGUUAGGGGAUUAUGAUUUAUUGUGACAUUAAAAAGAUGAGUUCAUUGAGUUUGUUUCUGUAUGAUUUAUUUUGGAGCAAGAAUUUCGAGAAAGAGAAAGGGGUGAAAUGAAAGGAUGAUUCUUUUUUUUUUUGUAUGUGUGUGUGUGUUUGUGAGGAGUAGUGAUUCUUUUGACUACUUUUUUCGUAGUCUUGUGAUGUGGUGAAGAAUGAAAGUGGAAAUGAAAGGAUGUUUUCUUACA